GAUAUUAUUUCUUUUGAUUUUGGGGCUGCGACAAGUGUGCACUGAGGGGGAGGAGGCGUGGCUUUCCACACUGAGCUGUAAUAACAGGUUUGAUGCUGUGAAGACAACAGAAGUGACUGAAGUGACUCUGUCCUGGCAAACGAAUCAUCUCAACACGUGUGUAGAGGAUGCACAGUAAAGCCAUGGUUCACCUGUUUGUGGGAUUGUUGUUGUUUUCUCUCUCAACCUCAGUUUUUUCCUUCCAAAAUGACUCACUACUUCUGCCAAAGACUUUCUCUGGUCACUCUGUGCCGGUCACUAAGGAAGAGCCUGUGGAGUUUGUUGACCUGCGCGUGUUAGAGAACUUAAAGGAUGACGCAGAUUCUGGCUCAGGUUCCGGGCAGGAGCCGGCGGGAGGAGGACACACUCGUCUACCAAAGCGUCGCUAUGUUGUCUCCGAGGAGGCCAAAGGUUUCCUCCAGGGUCGCCUGUCGACGAGCUUCGUCCCGACAGUUUACACCCUCGUCUUCAUCAUCAGUGUGCCCUUGAACCUUGUCACCAUGGUGAUGUUUGUGCAUCACAUCCGUCCCAGAAAGCCGGCGGUGAUCUACAUGCUGAACCUGGCCUGCUCUGACCUGCUGUUCGGCCUGCUCCUUCCCUUCAAGAUCGCCUACCACUACCAUGGCAACAACUGGAUCUAUGGCUCCUUCAUGUGCAGAGUUGUCACAUCAGCCUUCUACUGCAACAUGUACUGCUCUGUGCUGCUCAUCAUGUGCAUCAGCAUCGACCGCUUCCUGGCCGUGGUUUACCCCAUGAACUCGCUGACGUGGCGCAGUCCUCAGACGGCCUCGGCCGUUUGUUGCGCCAUGUGGCUGCUGGCGCUCGGAGGGGUCGUCCCACUGCUCACCUCAGGGCAGACCAUCUAUCUGUCUGACCUGGACAUCACCACCUGCCACGACGUGCAGGACGUGGAGAAACUUCAGGCCUACUAUCUUUACUUCUUUCCCAUCUACUCGUCUGUCUUCUUCUUCAUCCCUCUGGUCUUCACCGUUGUCUGCUACAUACGAAUCAUCCAGGCUUUGGCGGCAGCCAACGUGGAGAAUCGCUCCAGAAAGACUCGGGCCAUGGUGAUGGUGUUUGUGGUGCUGGUGGUGUUUGUAGUCUGCUUCACUCCCACCAACAUCAUCCUGAUGGUUCACUACGUCCAGCUGUCCCACAGCUCGGGUGACAGCUCCUAUCAGGCGUACCUGCUCUCCAUGUGUGUGGGCAGUCUCAGCUGCUGUCUGGACCCAGUCCUCUACUACUUUGGCUCGUCUCAGUGCCAGAAGCAGAUGGCGCUGCUGUUCAGGUGCCGGCGACUGAAGCAGGGAGAGAGCAGCUCCGAGACGCAGAGCACAAGAACCAGUGGGCGGACAACAGACAGCAGCAGGUUAUGUAAGAUGGAGAGUGGUCAAAGUGGCCCCGGGUGCCAGUACAGCAGGCUGGUGGCUUAAGUGUACAGACAUCAAAUGAGCAUCUAGGCUGGUCAGGUAGAGGCCGGUCAAUUGAAAUAAAAAGGUCCAGCUUUUUGGGGGAAAGAACUACUUUACAGUCUGGGUGGACAAUAUGACCUAAGAUUAUAUCACGAUAUUCCAUUAUGAUAUCAAAAUAAAGACGAUAUUUCACUGCAUUUCGAAAUAAAAGUGUUUGUGUUGAUAUGGAAUGAUACAGACUGCACCAUAAAAACAUAUUUAUAAAUCUAUAAAUGUCAAAGACAGACAGAUAUAACUCAUUAUUAUAAGUUGAUUUUAAGUGGCGGGCCGCAUGAAAUCAAUUGGGGGGGCCACAUGUGGCCCACGAGCCAUGAGUUUGAGACCUCUGGUUUAAAGCAUCUAUAGGCCUAUGUAUUUGAAAACAUUACAAAGAAAAUUCAUGGGUAUGAUCAACUGUAAUACCAGCACCUUCACUUGUUUUUUGUUCUUCAUGUGUAUUACAUGUUUUGCCGUGAAUACAGUUUCCCAAGUGCUGUGUCAUCAUUUUUAAACUUAAACACGUUGCUACGCUGUCUGUGUGCGUAAAACAUACAACGUAGAGUGUUGUUAUCAGCUGAUAUUGCUACUGCCAAUUUCAACUUCUGAUGUGUUAAUGGAAAGCGACAUUUUACCGGAUGAAUUUUCAGGUUUCAAAAUGAAUGCUGGUAAUAUUUUAGGGGAGUGAUUGGCCAGAAUUGACAUAAUGUCAAGUCAUGUCAUGUCUCCAAAGCACCAACAGAGGGCGUGCUACAAUCACAGAUGGCUGACACUCAGCAAUUAUGAGGAAACUAUCCAGAAACUUUAAGUGUUAUCAUUUGGCUUUUAGAUUGCAUUAAAAAAUAUUAAACAAAACCUUGAAACCAUAAUUUAAAAUUGUCUUUCCUCUUUUUUCCCCACACUCUUUUACUUUUGUUAGUGUCAAACUGAUGGCCGACUUUCAAUAACUACUACUUCUAGCAUGUUUUUAAAUAUUCACAUCCAUCACAUUUCAUACUCAUUACUAUUUCAGAUUAAAUGUGUUUAAUAUUUACAAAAUGUAUGAUUAUAAAGUCAAAUUAAAUGGAUUUUCCAGCAGGUUUGAGUCGGUUUAUGUUGAGCUUGAUGUGACAACAAAUGCUUUUCUUUUUGUUUCUUAUUUAUUUUGAUUAAAAACCUACAAUUUAACUUUUUGUGUUGUUUUAAUUCUUUGUAUUGUACAUUAUGUCCACUGUGGUCACAUUCUAUGAGUGAAAGUGCCAA